AUUGAUGAGUACCAGAUCGGUCAUAGGGAAGCGCCCCUGUUCAUUCAAUUAUACUCAACGUGUCCCUUUAUCUCGAUACACACAUAUACUUACACCCCAUUUGUAUGUAUAGCUUAGCAUGAUUUUGAACUCGUCCUCUUACUCAACAUAAACUUGAAGCUUCAAUCUUAUACCCAUGGAUUCUAUGCGUGUCUUGCAUUGCUGCUCCAGUGCAACUUGGAAUAAUUCGCAGCAAAGGCAGCUCAAAUUCGUGUCGAAUUCGAGUUUUUUAAAGCCUCAUACUUGUCGAUUUUCCAAUUUAGGGUUUUUGUAUACUACUCUUAGACCUCUCUCUAUUUCUUGUUCUUCUACUGUCACCAGGGAAGUAGAGGAUACGAAGACAACGAGCGAUAUGGUGCGAUUAAUUAUAUUACUAGCACACCAGGUUAAAUUUGGGGAGCACAUUGCGAUUCUUGGUUCAGCUAAAGAAUUUGGGGCCUGGAAGGAGAAGAAAAACAUGAACUGGACGAAAGAUGGAUGGGUUUCUGAGUUUGAGCUUGAAGGGGGUGAGUCUGUUGAGUUUAAAUUUGUGAUCGGGAAAGGGGGUGAUCACAUGGUUUGGGAAGGGGGUGAUAACAGAGUGUUAAAGUUGCCAAAACAAGGGAGUUUUGAGAUGGUAUGUCGAUGGAACAGGACCAAUGAGGCUAUGAACCUAGUUCCCUUGGGUUCAGAACUGGUUGAGGAAGAACAGGGGAAUGUACAUCACAGGGUGUCUCCAGACGUGGAUAAGGUGACUAGUUCUUUUGUGGACCAAUGGCAAGGGGAAGCUGCAUCUUUCAUGCGAUCAAAUGAUCACGGAAACAGAGAAAAAGAAAGAAAGUGGGAUACAUCGGGGCUUAAAGGGAUUGCUUUAAACUUGGUGAAGGGUGAUCAGAAUGCCCGAAAUUGGUGGCAAAAGCUUGAAGUUGUUCGUGAACUACUUGUUGGAAGCCUUGAGGGUGCAAACCGUUUGGAGGCUCUUAUAUACUCGGCUAUUUAUCUGAAGUGGAUAAACACAGGACAAAUCCCAUGCUUUGAAGGUGGAGGUCAUCACCGUCCAAACAAGCAUGCUGAGAUUUCGAGGUCUAUAUUCCGUGAAUUGGAGAGAAUAUCCAGUAAGAAGGACACCUCCUCUCAGGAAGUACUUGUGAUUCGCAAAAUACAACCUUGUUUGCCAUCAUUUAAGGCAGAAUUCACUGCAUCGGUUCCUCUAACCCGUAUAAGGGAUAUCGCCCAUCGAAACGAUAUCCCUCAUGACCUCAAGCAAGAAAUCAAGCAUACAAUACAGAACAAGCUACAUCGCAAUGCUGGACCUGAAGAUUUAGUUGCUACACAAGCCAUGCUGGAAAGAGUUACCAAAAAUCCCGGAGAAUAUAAUGAAGCAUUUGUCGAACAAUUCAAGAUAUUUCAUUAUGAACUGAAAGAUUUUUUCAAUGCUGGAAGCCUAGCAGAACAACUUGAGUCAAUAAAGGAAUCUUUUGAUGAAAGAAGUUUAUCAACCCUUUCUCUGUUUUUGGAGUGCAAGAAGGGUUUGGAUAAUUUCGGGGGAAGCACUACGGUGGCAAGUGAUGAGAUGGAACUACUGAUGAAAACACUGCAGUCUUUGCAAAGUCUCCGAGGAGCGAUUGUGAGGGGUCUUGAAAGUGGCAUCCGAAAUGAUGCUCCUGAUUCUGCAAUAGCAAUGCGGCAAAAGUGGCGCCUUUGUGAAAUUGGACUCGAGGACUAUUCAUUUGUUCUCUUGAGCAGGUGCCUUAAUACUCUCGAAGCUGCUGGAGGUGCUCAUCAACUUGCAGAACAUGUGGACUUGAAAAAUAUUAGAUCUUGGAAUGAUCCUAUAAAGGCUCUCGUGGUUGGCAUUCAUCAACUGGGUCUAUCUGGUUGGAAGAGAGAGGAAUGCAAUGCUAUUGGAAAUGAACUUAUAGCAUGGCAAGAGAAAGGCCUUCUGGAAACAGAAGGCAGUGAAGAUGGUAAAAAAAUUUGGGCAUUAAGGCUCAAAGCAACUCUUGAUAGAUCGAGAAGGCUGACAGAAGAGUACUCCGAGGCACUUCUUCAGAUAUUUCCAGAGAAAGUUCAGAUAUUAGGAAAAGCUCUAGGAAUACCAGAAAAUAGUGUCCGCACUUAUGCUGAAGCAGAGAUUCGUGCAGGUGUUAUUUUUCAGGUUUCAAAACUUUGUACAAUUCUCCUAAAAGCUGUAAGAACUGCCCUCGGAUCUCAAGGUUGGGAUGUUCUUGUUCCAGGAGCCGCUUCUGGAACCCUAAUACAGGUUGACAAAAUUGUUCCUGGGACACUGCCAGCAUCUGCAACAGGACCUGUGAUUCUUGUGGUUAGCAAGGCAGAUGGAGAUGAAGAGGUAACAGCUGCUGGAAGUAAUAUAGUUGGAGUUGUGCUUCUGCAGGAGCUGCCCCACUUAUCCCAUCUUGGUGUCAGAGCGCGGCAAGAGAAAGUUGUUUUUGUGACUUGCGAAGAUGAUGAUAAGGUUAAUGAUAUCAGAAAACUUGACCAAACAUACGUGAGGUUAGAAGCAUCAUCAUCAGGAGUUAACUUAACUCCAUCAACGCGUGAACUCGAUAUUUCUUUAGACAAUCUUUCAAGCAAUGGUUCAUCAACAGCUGCAAAAACAGCUGAUAGUGAUCCCUCCUGGUUAGCCGCAGAAACUUCUACAAUUCAGGUUGACUCUACUGAAGACGUCAUACCACUUGCUGAUGCAAAUGUCCAAUCUUCAGGUGCAAAGGCUGCUUCUUGUGGCCGGUUAGCUUCUCUUGCUGCUAUUUCAAGUAAAGUUUACAAUGAACAAGGAGUUCCGGCUCUGUUCAAAGUUCCCGCUGGAGCAGUAAUACCUUUUGGCUCUAUGGAGUUGGCGCUGAAGCAAAACAACUUAAUGGAAGUGUUCAGCUCACUUAUUGGGCAGAUAGAGUCGGCCAAAAUGGAAGAUGGUGAACUUGACAGACUCUGCAAUGAACUCCAGGAUCUUAUAUCUUCUGUACAUCCUUCAAAAGACAUAGUUGAAAUCUUAAAAACAAUUUUUCCUGGUAACACACGAUUAAUUGUGCGCUCAAGUGCAAAUGUUGAGGACUUGGCAGGAAUGUCAGCAGCUGGGCUCUAUGACUCGAUUCCAAAUGUCAACCUUUCAAGUCCAAUAAUUUUUGGGGAUGCUGUUAGCCGAGUUUGGGCUUCAUUAUACACCCGUAGAGCUGUUCUAAGUCGUAGAGCUGCUGGGGUGCCUCAGAAGGAGGCUAUGAUGUCUAUUCUGGUCCAGGAGAUGCUGUCGCCUGAACUAUCAUUUGUACUCCACACACUCAGCCCAACAGAUCAAGACCACCACUCUGUUGAGGCAGAAAUUGCUUCAGGUCUUGGUGAAACUCUUGCGUCAGGAACUCGUGGCACACCCUGGCGUCUAUCUUCAGGCAAAUUUGAUGGAUCAGUACGCACAUUAGCAUUUGCAAAUUUCAGUGAGGAGAUGGUUCUUGGUGAUGGUCCUGCUAAUGGGGAAGUCGUCCGUGUAACUGUUGACUAUAGCAAAAAGCCCUUGACAGUGGACCCAAUCUUCCGUCAACAACUUGGUCAGCGUCUUGGUUCUGUAGGUUUCUUCCUGGAGCGCAAGUUCGGCUGCCCACAAGAUGUUGAAGGAUGUAUGGUCGGCAAAGACAUUUAUAUUGUGCAGACUCGUCCCCAACCACACUGAGGAACAUGGUUUCCAAAGCAAGAGCCUGCACCUGUAAAACAUGUAAAACUAGUAUACAUAUGACUUCAGUUCUCCCAAGAGGUAAACUUUGGUCCAUAAUCAGAAUAAAAUUAUGUACAAGUUACUGUACAUAUACCCUGAAUACGUAAAAUAAAUAUAUCUUAACUCA